AUGCCGAACGUACUGGUAGUCGGCGCAUCGCGUGGUCUGGGAUUUGAGGUCGCGAAGACGUACUCUCAGAAGGACUACCAGGUCUUCGCCACCACCCGCUCCCCGCCGCCAUCCGUCGACGACAAGAACAUCAACUGGGUUCAAGGCGUGGACAUUGGCACCAAGGAGGGUGGCGAGACCAUUGUGGCAGGUCUAAAGGGCCAACAGCUAGACAUUGUCGUCGUCACGGCCGGCUACUUCCCAAAAGAAUCGCUUGACGAGCCGGACUUCGACCAGGAGCUCCAAACUUACAAGACCUGUGCGAUAGGACCAGUGUUCGUCGUUCACGCCCUCUACAAGGCAAAACUGCUGCAGUCAGGUACCAAGGUCAUCCUGGUGUCUUCCGAGGCGGGCUCCAUCGGGCUUCGGCACGAGAGCGAAGGGGGUGGAUUGUACGCCCACCACGGAUCCAAGGCAGCCUUGAACAUGGCCGGAAAGCUGCUCAGCCUUGACCUGAAAGAGGCGGGUGUUGCUGUCGCGAUGGUCCAUCCCGGCUUCAUGCGCACUGACAUGACGAAGAACGUGGGCUUUGACAAGUUCUGGGAUGCUGGUGGUGCGGUGACACCGGACGUUGCUGCAAAGUCGAUGGUUGAGUGGGCGGACACUUUCGACAUUAGCCAUACCGGCGAGUACUGGGCUCCGAGGGGUCCGGGUGACAUCGGUACCGCUGAGCAGAUGCUUGGGCCCAAGGAUAAGCUGCCCACACCUCUUCAGUUACCCUGGUAG